AUCCUGACUAACGGAUUGCUGACGUUGUCUGUAUUAUUGGGUGAAUUUCAGGUUGAGGUUUUGAGCAGGGUAAGACAUCCAAGCCUUGUAACACUGAUUGGAAGCUGCCCAGAAUCUAGGUCACUUGUCUAUGAUUACCUUAAUAAUGGCAGCCUUGAGGACCAUCUUGCCCGCAAAGAGAAGACUCCACUUCCUUGGCAAAUUCGAAUUUCCAUUUCUGCUGAUAUAUGCUCUGCUCUUAUCUUCCUUCACUCCGGCAGGCCUUCUAUAAUCCAUGGGAAUUUGAAGCCCAGUAAAAUUCUCCUUGAUGUAAACUUUGUUGCCAAACUUUGUGAUUUGGGCAUUUCUUCUUUAGUCCAGCGCAGUGGGCAUUCAGCUGACAGUAACACAACAGUUGACAAAGGAAAUGAAAGUUUGGUGUAUGUGGAUCCAGAAUUUCUUCUCACUGGGAAGCUCACACCAGAAUCCGAUGUGUAUUCAUUUGGAAUCAUAUUGUUACAACUUUUAACUGGCAGGCCUCUUUCAGGAAUAGUAAGGGAUACAAAAUGUGCAUUGGAGAAGGAAAAUCUCAAAGCGGUAUUGGACACUUCAGCUGGAGAAUGGCCACUUUAUCAAGUCGAACAGCUAGCAUAUUUGGCAUUGAGGUGUUCUGAGAAGACUCCGCUGAACCGGCCAGACCUUUUGUCAGAAAUCUGGAGUGCCCUCGGACCAUUACGAACUUCAUGCAGUAAUAUGUCACUAUUUUCUACUUCCAAGAAGCUUCACCGCCCUCCUUCUCACUUUGUCUGCCCCAUAUUUCAGGAGGUCAUGAAAGAUCCUUAUAUAGCUGCAGAUGGCUUUACAUAUGAAGAAGACGCAAUAAGAGGAUGGUUGGAUAGUGGUCACAACACCUCGCCAAUGACAAACCUGAAACUUGAACACACCAACCUGGUGCCUAAUUAUGCAUUACUUAGUGCGAUUCAGGAGUGGAAGCACCUGCAAUAACAUAUUUGCCCUUGAUCAAUUUUGCAUGCACUUGUGUAUAGUGGCAUAUUUACUGGU